UCUCCUCAGGCGUGGCUAUUGGCUUUCAUUACUCUCUUUCUUCUCCCUUUCUCUUUCUAAAAACCAUCAAGAAUUCAUCAAUGGCGAUGUCUUUUAAAUGUUCUUGGUUCUUUCAUGUAAUCAUGUUUUCCACCAUUAAUCUUCUUUUUUGAUGCUCUUUGAAGGAGACAGUAAAGAGAAGAAGAUAUCAUUUUGAAACAAAGUCCCCUGUUUCUGUGUCAUCUACUCUGUUUUUUUCUUGCUCUAUAAAACCAUGGAUAUGUGGCCGGAGAAGAUGCCGUGGGAAGGUCGGAGUCGGGACCGGAGAGAAAACCCAUCUUUCUCUUCGACUCUUCUUGAUGCAAUUUACCGUUCCAUUGAUGAACCCAAUGGUGGCAAAACAGACGAGGAGCUGAUUUUCUACGGAGAAACCAUGAGGAAGAAGGUUAGCAGCGAGAAGGUUGUGCCGGUUCGUCGGAAAUCCAUGGCGGAUUUUGAUUCUAGGAUGUUGAAGUCGAGUUCAAGCUCUUCGGAUUCAAGUUCCGGAGGUGGGUUUUCGUCCUCAGAGUCGGACUCAUUUUACGGUCCGAAAUCGAGAUCGUCGAGUUACACGGAGGGUUAUAAGGCACAGAGGCCAAAACCGAUUCGGACGAGCGUGUCCGGCUGGAAUGAGAGGUACACGCCGCCGCAAUUCGAAAAGCAAAAGCCGAAGCACGAGGGAAGUUUUAUAAGGACAAAAUCCAAAGCCCUGAAGAUUUACAGCGACCUCAAGAAGGUAAAGCAGCCGAUUUCCCCUGGCCGACGUCUCGCAAGCUUCCUCAACUCUCUUUUCACUACCGGAAACGCGAAAAAAGCGAAGAUUUCUUCAUCUGGGUACCAGGAGAGGAAGACUCCGUCUUCAUCAACCUGCUCUUCAGCUUCUUCCUUUUCGAGAUCUUGCUUGAGCAAGACACCGUCUUCGAGAGGCAACGGAGCAAAGAGGUCCGUUAGUUUCUACCCCGUCAGUGUCAUCGUCGACGAGGACUGCCGGCCAUGUGGACAUAAAAAUCUCAAUGAAACCGAACAGAGUACAACACUAAACCCCAGAAACAGAGACCUUGAAUCCCGAAUCAUGGAAGAAAACCGGCGAGUUGUGGAAGCUGCAAAACAUCUCCUGAAGAAUUACCAGAAGAGAAAGGACGAAUUCAACAUGACAGAUCUCAGCAACAAUGUGAAUGAAGAAGAAUCCAGCGAUGAAGAAGAUGAUGCUGCAAGUUAUGCAAGUUCUGAUCUUUUUGAGUUGGAUAAUCUUUCAGUUAUUGGGGUGGAAAGGUAUCACGAAGAAUUGCCAGUUUAUGAAACAACACAUCUCGACACUAAUCGAGCCAUUGCUACUGGCUUGAUCAUGUAAUUUCCCCGGAAAAGAAAGCUCGGGAAAAUAAUAUUUAGUUUUCAUUAGUUAAAUUAGUAGUGUGGGGGUUUACAUCCAAAAAAUAAAAUUUCUCUUUUGGU